ACCAUCUAUUACUUUUGAUGCUGCAGUAGCUAGAGUUACAAAGGUGACACUGCUGGUAACGGGCACAAUACACCACAACUCUCCAACAGCAGCAGAGCGUACAAUUGACAAUGAAUCUCCAUCCAUCUCAGCCGCAGCGUCGGUCCAAUGUGUCACCAUCGCCGAAAUUCAUCCCUAACGAUCUCAUCUUUGGAGUGUUUUCAUUGCUUCCUGUAAAAUCUGUGAUGCGAAUGAGAUGCUUGAGUAAGUUUUCUAACUCCCUUAUUACAAGUCCUAUAUUUGUGAAAUUUCACUUUCAGCGAUUUGCACGAAACCCCCACCUCGCACUAGUCACUACCAAGACUAAGACGGUUGUACCCUUCCCAGUACGGGAUUUAAUUGACAACCGUCUGAUCACCCUUACUAACGAUCCUCACUACCUUACCAACGAUGGAUCGAAGGAUAUGGUCUUCCAUCAGAUUGUUGGUUCAUGCAACGGAUUGAUCUGCUUACUCAAUUAUUCAAUUGGGUAUGAAGACGUAUUCCUUCGUUUCUGGAACCCAUGCACAAGAACAAAAUCUGAAAAGUUAGGGUAUUUAAGCCUUUUAAACUAUCCAAUUCAUGAACGGAGAUAUUUUAAGUUUGCAUUUGGUUACGAUAAUUUAACCUCUACUUAUAAGGCCGUGUUAUUGAAUUUUCAUACUCGUACUGGAACUACGAAGAUAACAACGGUGAAAGUUUUUAGUUUAGCUGAUAAUUUAUGGAGAAAUAUUGAAAAUUUCCCUGCCAUUCCUCUUCAGUUGCUCAACGUUGGUCAACGGGUGCAAAAUGGUGUGUAUUUGAGUGGCACUGUUAAUUGGUUGGCGGUUUUUGAUAAUCCUUUUUAUUCAGUUGACAAAUAUGUGAUAAUUUCACUUGAUUUGGGAACUGAGACAUACACACAGAUGCGCCUGCCUCAAGGUUUUGAUGAUUUGCCUCGUGUUUACCCAACUAUUGGUGUGUUGAAGGGAUUCCUUACUUUUUCGUAUGAUUUUAAGCAAAGUCAUUUUGUUAUAUGGAAAAUGGAGGAAUUCAGAGUUGAAGAGUCUUGGUGUCAAUUUCUUAAAAUUAGUUAUGAAAAUCUUCAAAUCAAUUACAAUAUUCGGCAAUUUUAUUUGGUGCCAUUGCAUCUUUCGGAGGACAGUGAUGCUAUGAUAUUGGCAAGCAGCUUAGAAGGCCAAGCAAUUCUAUAUAAUAAGAGAAAUAAUAAGGUAGAGAGAACAAGAAUUACCAAUUCAAUAUGUUGGUUUUCAGUCAAGGAUUAUGUUGAAAGCUUGGCUUCAACUUGUUGAUAGUACAUUGCAGAAUGGAGGGAAGAAGUGGGCUUGUUGGAGCAUUUUGUAACAUUGUUUAAAUAUAGGAAUAAGUGAAGCACUCUUUUCUCCAUUAAUGGAGUUUUUAAUGAGGCUCGCAUCAUUUUAUCUGUUUAUUUUGUUUUUCAAUUUCUGGUGUAAAGCCAAGUACCCCAAUUAAGUUUUCAAUAAAUAAUGAUUUGGAUGCUC